UCCAAAAUAUUCUCUACCCAUCCAUUUAACCAAAUAACAACCAACUCUGUAAUGUUUUAUAAUAUAAAAUUUAUCUGUAUGUCGGGUAGUCCUUGUAUAUGUAUACACCCAACACUGCGUAUUACUCUGUGCGUGAGUUGAGUGCGCGUUUGCAGAAUGAGCCAGCAAUGAGUUCAGUUGCUUGAAGUCUUCAUUAGUCUUCACAGAAAACCAUGUUUUGACUGUCAUCCCGCAGUGCUUUUCGUACCGCCGCGCCAAUUACUUCAAUAAUAAGCCAACUCAACACAUUUCACUAUGAUCAAAGCAAUACUAGUUUUCAACAAUCAUGGAAAGCCAAGACUUUCAAAAUUCUAUCAAUACUUUAAUGAAGACCUACAGCAACAAAUCAUCAAGGAAACAUUCCAGCUGGUGUCCAAACGAGAAGACAAUGUGUGCAAUUUUCUAGAAGGUGGUAGCCUCAUCGGUGGCAGUGACUACAAAUUGAUUUACCGGCAUUAUGCCACAUUAUAUUUUGUGUUCUGUGUGGAUUCAUCAGAAAGUGAAUUGGGCAUCCUGGAUUUGAUCCAAGUAUUUGUGGAGACCUUAGAUAAAUGCUUUGAGAAUGUCUGUGAGCUGGAUCUCAUAUUUCAUGUGGACAAAGUCCACUACAUUCUUAAUGAACUGGUAAUGGGUGGUAUGGUUUUGGAAACCAAUAUGAAUGAAAUCCUAAAUAGGAUAGAAGAACAGAAUAAAUUGGAAAAUAAAGAGGCUGGAAUAAGUGCGGCACCUGCACGAGCGGUUUCGGCAGUGAAGAACAUGAACAUUCCCCAGCAGAUCAAAGACAUCAAACUACCGGACCUGCCGCAGGCGAUCAAGGAUCUUAAAUUCUGACCGAGAAUGCCCUCUCACCGACUCUACGACGACGUCAACGAUUUGAAGUACGCAUCGCUUGAUAGCUAUCAGUGCUUGCUGUUCGAAUCUACACCCUCGUCCAAGUAUACAUAGACUCUUCUUGUCAUGCCUCCUAUUGUGUCAUUGUGUACCAUGUAAAUACAGUUUCAGUUCAUUUCUAGUUUUAAGGUCAAGCAUACAAAUAUACACUUUUAUUAUGAAAUA